GGCGCCGGCGACAUCGCGGGCAUGUCGGGCUUCAGCGCCGACCCGAACCAGCAGGCGCAGAAGCAGGAGCAGGACGCGCAAAAGGCCCAGAUCCUCAAGCAGAUCCUCACGCCCGAGGCUCUGGAGCGCCUCGGCCGCGUGAAGAUCGUCAAGACGGCCAAGGCCGAGGCGCUGGAGAUGAAGCUCAUCCAGAUGGCCAUGAAGGGCGAGAUCCAGAAGCAGGUCACCGAGGACGUCCUCAUCAACAUGCUCGAG